AUGUCAACAAGGGAGUCGGUGGCCAAAUCAACACCGGUGUCUUCACCGCUACAACAGUCUGUGCAGAAUCUACGUGUGCCGCCACGGAUCCACCCGUCCCAUUCUGACGGUUCAACCCUGUUGACAUCUUCACCACCGCAAACGUCAUCGGCUGGUGGUACGAAGAAUCACCAGAAGAAACCCUCGAGGGUAAUCAGCGACGAUGGGAGUGGCAUGAAUAGACUGGUGGAUCAGUUCUAUGAGCAGAGUCCUAACCACACAGCCAGUUCACGGCUCAAUACCCCAUUCAUAUCAAGGACAAAUACCCAAGAGCAGCUGAGUCCUAAACAACCAAUCAAUAUCUUGAAACAGACGAAGCUAUUGACGAAUGAUAACUCGUUAAUCGUUGAGGAUGUGAAUAGGCUGGAGAACAGGGUGCUGAAGUCCGUUCAGAAUCAAGUGGAGGUGAACAAGAGCGCAAUUACCGAUGAUAAGGCAUGCUUUGUCCAGCUACAGCGCGAGGUUGAAGAAACUAGAAACAGGAUAUCACAGUGGCUGAAGCUAGUCUUGGAGAACACAAAGCUGAUAGACAAUGAGUACAAGGAAUUUGAAAAGGAAGUUGAUAGACUGUUUGGUAUUUUAACUGUCCUGGAUCAGUACGAAAUUGCCGUGAAUUCAUCAAGACAGAAACUCGUUGAUAACAAGGCUCGCUUAGAACAACUAUGGAAAGUUGUUGAAGAUAUUGAAUCCCUUGAGAAAAGGCAGAAGCAGAGCAUCAGAUCGAGGAACAAGGCAAUUAUAUGGUCUCUCGUAGUGGUGUGCAUUGCUAUAACGCUGUAUAAACUCACUUUUGUGGGAAGCUAUUGUUUAUAUUAG